AUGCGUCACACUCUGCACGUCCUGUUGCUGCUGUUGCUGCUGCUUUGCUGCUGCACCGGUUCUUUUGCAGUCGCUGAGCAUCGCUGCAUAUUUGACCGCAUUUCUCGCAAGGCUGGCCCCCCGAUGAGGGCAGUUGUGCUUGAAUUGCCGAGCCGGGAGCGUGGCGUGACUCAGGUGUUGACUGCCUCUGGGCCCGAUUGGGCGCCCAUCCGUUUUAAGGUCUCCUCCGAGGACAUGAACAAUCCUUCCAAGUACUGCACCGCUGCGGGAGAUGUCCGCUCGGACUUUGAAGGAGGAAUCCGUAUGUGCUUGCAGCAGGAUGUUCUUACGGCCGAAAAAAAGUUCAUCACCUUGAAUCGGUUGAUUCCAGGAGCCAUCAAGAUGCACACGGAUCGUCUCCACGUUCAACCGCUUAUGCUAGGACUGCGUGUGCCUAAUUAUACAUCUGAAACAGCAUGCGGUAGUUUUACUAUACCCAGCUCCCACCACACAACGGGCGUGUUUGGCGCGGACAUAUUUUUGUACGCCGCUGCUGCCCCGACUGAGCCUCCUAGUAUUGCGUGGGCAUUGGGGUGCUCCUUUUUGCCCGAUGGACGUCCUGUGGCCGGGGUGAUAAAUAUUGGACCCCAUGCAGUCAUCGAUUCGGAUUCCACUGUUCGUGUCGCGGCGCAUGAGAUCGCGCACGUGCUUGGGUUUGCCACGUAUGUUUUUAAUCCCAUGAACAUGGUAAAGACAAUACCUGGGGUUCGUGGAAAAAAGAAUGUGGUUGUUGUGUCUUCACCCAAGACGGUGGAAAAGACUCGUGCGCACUUCAACUGCACAAGUGCCCCUGGAAUGGAGCUGGAGGAUGGGGGCGGGGGUAUAAGGCCAUCGUCGCAUUGGGAGAGACGCAACGCGAAGGACGAGCUGAUGGCUUCCAUGAAAGGUGCCGGCUACUACACGGCGCUGACGAUGGCUGCUUUUGAUGACAUGGGCUUUUACAGGGCGCAGUGGAGCAUGGCGGAACAGAUGCCAUGGGGCAGCAACUUCGGCUGCAAACUGCUGACGGAGAAGUGCCUGAUUAAUGGCGUCACCCAGUACCCGGAAAUGUUUUGCGACUCCACAAGCAAUCUUUUGGAAUGCACAUCGGAUCGUGUUGCCCUGGGGAGCUGUAAGAUUGUUGGCUACGACGACCCCCUUCCCGCACAGUUUCAGUACUUCACGGAUCCCAGAGUCGGCGGGCGCUCUGCCGACCUAACGGACUGCUGCCCCUUCAUUGUCCCGUUGCCAAACAUGUGGUGCGUCGAUGGUGAUGCAUAUUUAAUGCGUGGAAGCCGCAUUGGCCCAAGAUCAAAGUGCUUAAAAACGUAUUACCUGCGUGAUCUUCAUGGUCUCAUUGGGGACGUCUGUGCUGAGGUGGCGUGCGACACCGACGAGUUGCUUGUGCGGUACCUUGGUGAUGAGACCUGGCAUGCAUGCCCAGAGGGCAGCACUAUCACACCAACUUCGCCGUUCUUCAGGGACGGGGAGAUUGUGUGCCCGAAGCGCAGUGAAGUGUGUUAUGUCCACUAG